GUUUGAGCCGAUUCACUUCGAGUCGUCUCCUUGAUAGACUGCAACAAAGGAGAAUUUGUGUUUAAUUUUUUAUAUUAUUUUUGCGCUAAGCAGCCAUAGUCCAAAAAAUUGAAAAUCAACAGAAAUUCGUAGUACUCCAUAUUUUCUCCAAAGCUCAUCUUGCUUCGAUCAUUCUUCUUCCCUAACUUCCAGAUGAGCCCUAAUCCCCGACUAUAAUCAUCCAUAUUCCAUACCUUUAUCUUUCAGGAAACAUAGCUCAAAAAUGGAGUGGGCAACAAUUCAACAUCUUGAUCUUCGACAUGUAGGUCGAGAGGCGAAGCCUUUACAGCCUCAUGCCGCUGCAUUUCAUCCUACUUUAGCCCUAAUUGCUGCAGCUGUUGGAAGAUAUAUUAUUGAAUUUGAUGCACUUACCGGGAGUAAGAUCUCUACUAUUGACAUUGGUUCUCCUGUUGUUCGUAUGGCGUAUAGUCCCACCAGUGGCCAUGUUGUUGUUGCUAUUCUUGAGGACUCUACCAUCCGCUCCUGUGAUUUUGAUGCAGAGCAAACAUGCGUUCUGCAUUCACCGGAGAAAAAAACGGAGCCAAUCUCUUCUGAUUCUGAAGUUCAUAUGGCCCUUACCCCUCUCCAACCUGUUGUAUUUUUUGGAUUUCACAAGAGGAUGAGUGUAACAGUUGUAGGAACUAUUGAGGGAGGCAGGUCACCCACAAAAAUAAAGACUGAUUUGAAGAAACCUAUUGUGAAUCUUGCUUGUCACCCCCGACUUCCAGUCUUGUAUGUAGCCUAUGCUGAAGGAUUGAUUAGAGCUUACAACAUUCACACAUAUGCAGUUCUCUACACUUUACAACUUGAUAAUACUAUAAAGCUACUUGGUGCUGGUGCCUUUGCUUUCCAUCCAACAUUAGAAUGGGUAUUUGUUGGUGACAGGCGGGGUACACUUUUGGCUUGGGAUGUGUCUACAGAGCGACCAAAUAUGAUUGGGAUAACACAAGUGGGUUCGCAACCUAUUACUUCAGUUGCUUGGCUUCCAGCUUUGCGGAUGGUUGCUACAUUAUCCAAAGAUGGUGCUCUUCAAGUCUGGAGAACACGGGUGAUCCUAAAUCCUAAUAGAGCACCUAUGCAAGCAAAUUUUUUUGAGUCUGCUGCAAUUGAGACCCUCGACAUUCCAAAGAUUCUAUCUCAGCAGGGUGGAGAAGUUGCUUAUCCUUUACCACGUGUCAAAGCUCUUGAAGUUCAUACAAAGCUGAACAUGGCGACAUUACUGUUUGCAAAAAUGGCUAGUAUGGACAAUGUGAAAAAUAGGGCAUUCACUAGAGAUGGGCGGAAGCAACUCUUUGCUGUUCUCCAAAGUGCAAGGGGAUCUUCAGCAUCUGUUUUGAAGGAAAAACUGGCAGCCUUGGGUUCUUCUGGAGUGUUGGCUGAUCACCAGUUGCAAGCACAAUUGCAAGAGCAUCAUUCGAAAGGAGAAAACCAGCUUACAAUUGCUGACAUUGCGCGAAAGGCCUUUUUGUACAGUCAUUUCCUGGAGGGGCAUGCCAAAAGCACUCCAAUUGCUCGUUUGCCUCUCAUCACCGUACUUGAUACUAGUAACCAUCUCAAAAACUUUCCUGUUUGUCAGCCAUUUCAUCUGGAGCUUAAUUUCUUCAAUAAAGCAAAUCGGGUUCUACAUUAUCCUGUUCGGGCGUUUUACUUGGAAGGUGUAAAUCUGAUGGCAUAUAAUCUGUGCUCUGGAGCUGACAGUAUUUACAAGAAGCUUUACACUGCGAAUCCUAGCAAUGUUGAACAUCAUCCAAAGGGCAUUGUGUACAGUUGGAAGCAGAAUUUAUUUCUUGUUAUUUAUGAGCUGAGUGGUGCAGCAAAUGAAGUUGUUCUCUACAGAGAAAAUACUGAUACUCAAUUGGCAAAUAGUAAAGACAGCACAGUCAAAGGUCAAGAUGCAGCGUUCAUUGGCACUGAUGACAACCAGUUUGCUAUCCUCGAAAAUGAUAAGAUUGGACUUGCUUUAUAUAAACUUCCUGGAAGGUCAUCUAAUGAACUUGAUGAAAACAACAAAGCUGCUCUUGAAGAAAAUCCAACUGCAGAUCUAGCUGCAGAUGCUGCCCCAAGUUCUGUCAAGGGCCCAGUGCAAUUUAUGUUUGAAUCUGAAGUUGAUCGUAUCUUCUCUACUCCAUUAGAAUCAACCUUGAUGUUUGCUUCACAUGGAAAUCAGAUUGCCUUGGCAAAGCUUGUGCAGGGAUAUCGCCUAUCCAACGGUGAUGGCCAUGGCCAUGGCCAUUAUAUAUCAACAACAGGUGAAGGGAGGAAGUCAAUCAAGCUGAAAGUGAAUGAGAUAGUACUUCAGGUUCAUUGGCAAGAAACUCUUAGAGGUCAUGUGGCUGGGAUAUUAACUACUCGUAGAGUUCUUAUUGCUUCUGCAGAGUUGGAGAUUUUGGCUAGUAGCUCAACAAAAUUUGAUAGAGGGCUCCCUACAUUCAGAUCCUUAUUAUGGAUUGGUCCUGCUCUACUUUUUUCUACUGCUACUGCUAUCAGUGUGCUUGGAUGGGAUGGAAAAGUGAGAACGAUAUUAUCCACUAGCUUGCCUAAUGCAGUUCUUGUGGGUGCUUUAAAUGAUCGAUUUUUGCUAGCAAACCCAACUGAUGUGAAUCCCAGACAGAAGAAGAAAAUUGAGAUUAAAAGCUGUCUUGUGGGACUUCUUGAGCCUCUUCUUAUUGGAUUUGGAACGAUGCAACAAUACUUUGCGCAGAAGCUUGACCUUCCGGAAACACUAUACCAGAUAACAUCAAGGUUUGACAGCUUGCGGAUUACUCCUAGAUCUCUUGACAUAUUAGCUGGAGGUUCUCCAGUUUGUGGAGAUCUUGCUGUGUCAUUAUCCCAAGCGGGUCCACAGUUUACUCAGGUGUUGAGGGGAAGUUAUGCUAUAAAGGCCCUUCGUUUCUCUACUGCUUUGUCUGUGUUGAAAGAUGAAUUUCUGCGUUCAAGGGAUUAUCCUCGAUGUCCACCGACAUCUCAUUUGUUUCAUCGCUUUCGAGAAUUGGGAUAUGCCUGUAUCAAGUAUGGACAGUUUGAUAGUGCUAAGGAAACAUUUGAAGUUAUUUCAGACUAUGAAAGCAUGCUUGAUCUAUUUAUUUGCCACCUGAAUCCUAGUGCAAUGAGACGUCUUGCCCAGAAACUGGAAGAAGAUGGUGCUGAUCCAGAGUUGAGGAGAGCAUGUGAAAGAAUUUUACGAAUUCGUUCUACUGGGUGGACACAAGGAAUUUUUGCAAACUUUGCUGCUGAAAGUGUGGUUCCUAAAGGACCUGAAUGGGGAGGUGCAAAUUGGGAAAUCAAAACACCUACAAAUAUGAAGGAUAUACCUCAAUGGGAACUAGCUGCAGAGGUAAUACCAUACAUGAAAACCGAUGAUGGGCCAAUCCCUGCCAUUGUGACGGAUCAUGUUGGUGUUUAUCUUGGCUGUAUAAAAGGAAGAGGCAAUGUUGUUGAGGUGAGGGAAGAUAGUCUGGUGAAAGCCAUUACGUCUACUGGUGGAGAUAGUAAGCCAAAUGGGAUCACAACUUUGGCAAAUUCUAUGUCAGGCAAAGGACUUGCUGCUGCUGAUUCAAAGGGUACUUCUUUGAUGGGUCUAGAAACACUCAUGAAACAGCCUUCAGGAUCUACUGCUGCAGAUGAGCAGGCAAAAGCGGAAGAGGAGUUCAAGAGGUCUUUGUAUGGUGCUUCUGGUGGAGAUAGUAGUGAUGAUGAAGAGGGAGAGUCAAAAACUAAGAAGUUUCAAAUCAGAAUUCGAGAUAAACCAGCAUCCGCUACCGUUGAUGUCAAUAAGAUCAAAGAAGCCACAAGGCAGUUUAGUUUGGCACCGCCAAUGGGUAGGACCAAGUCAUUAGCAGGUGGUCCUCAGGACCUUGGCCUUAGUUUCCCACCUGCCUCGGCUGCAACCAGCACUGGGUCAGCUCCCCCUAUUUCCGCUGCUCCUGGGGAUAUGUUCGGUACUGAUACACUAGUGCAGCCAUCUACCACGGUUAAGGGAGGUGGGGUAAAUGCUGGGCCAAUUCCUGAAGAUUUCUUCCAGAACACUAUCUCGUCUCUUCAAGUUGCUGCUUCACUUGCUCCUCCAGGAACAGUCAUUUCCAAACUGGAUCAAAACUUUCAAGGGGCUGGAAACCAGCAGGUGGCGACUAGUCAAGCUAGUUUCUCUGUGAACAGUGUUGGUUUUGCAGAUGGUGGUGUACCUCCUCAAGCUACUCAACAGCCUGCACUUCCAGUUGAAUCUUUUGGACUUCCAGAUGGAGGAAUCCCUCCACAAUCCGUAGCUCAGACUGUGGUGCAGCCACCACAUCAGGUUCAGGUCUCGCAGCUGCCUAUUUCUUCUCAACCUUUGGAUCUGAGUGUAUUAGGCGUUCCUCCUGGGGCGGCAGAAUCUGAAAAACCUCCUGCAGAACCUGCUACUCCUGCUUCUGUACGUCCUGGACAAGUUCCUCGUGGGGCAGCUGCUUCAGUAUGCUUUAAGAUUGGACUUGCACACCUUGAGCAAAAUCAGCUCCCAGAUGCUUUAUCCUGUUUUGAUGAAGCUUUCCUUGCUUUAGCCAAAGAUCAUUCACGUGGUUCUGAUAUCAAAGCCCAAGCGACUAUCUGUGCUCAGUAUAAGAUCGCAGUUACUCUUCUUCAGGAAAUUGGACGGCUACAGAGAGUUCAAGGUCCUCGUGCUCUUAGUGCAAAAGAUGAGAUGGCCAGAUUGUCACGGCAUCUUGGUUCAUUGCCCCUUCUAGCAAAGCAUCGUAUAAGCUGUAUAAGAACUGCCAUUAAACGGAACAUGGAAGUCCAAAAUUAUGCUUAUUCAAAGCAGAUGCUUGAUCUUCUAUUCUCUAAAGCACCCCCAGGCAAACAAGAAGAGUUAAGGAGCCUGAUUGAUUUGUGUGUCCAGAGAGGUUUAACUAACAAAUCAAUCGACCCUGCAGAAGAUCCUUCCCAAUUUUGUGCUGCCACCCUCAGUCGUUUAUCAACCAUUGGUUAUGAUGCUUGUGAUCUUUGUGGUGCUAAAUUUGCAGCUCUAUCAGCACCAGGAUGCAUUAUUUGUGGUAUGGGAAGCAUCAAAAGAUCAGAUGCUCUUGCAGGUCCUGUUCCCUCCCCAUUUGGCUGAGGUAGAAGUAGUUGAGGGAUUUUUAUUAAAAAUACCAAUUGUUAAUAUUGGUCACAUUUCGCUUACAAUGUAAGAGUGAAGGCCAGCCACAUUGUUGAUUACUUGCUUAUGGAAAAGAGUCGGAGAGGUUGUCUCACUUUUACCAGGUUUCGUCCCUUGCAUGUGUAUCUAAAUCGGAAUGUUAUGCAAUGUAUUGUAUCUAGCUGGUAUUCUAUGUUAAUAGUGUUGUAAAUUUCCAUUGUUUAUGUAGACUUGUCUCCAGUUAAACAUACGCCAUUUUUGUUUUGAUAUUUGUCAUUUGGGGGUUUUUGUUUAGGAGAAAUUAUAAAAUGUUCAAUUCAAAUUAUAUUGAAGUUGUGAUAUCAUUGAAUUAUGAAA